AUGGGAAUAUAUUUGGCAUUAAAUGGAUUAUUGAUUUUUAAGGUCUCUAACUUUUUGCAAAUAUUGAUGGUGAUAUAUCGCUUUGUUUUCCAUUUUGAUAAAUGGAUUAAGAAAAUGAAGAACCUUCUUUAGGACUAAAACUGCCAUUCAAUGUAGUAAUACGAAAAAUUGAAUGAUGAUUAUGAUUAUGAUUAGUAGAGUUUCUUUUAACAUUAGAAAAUUAACGUGAUGAAGGACUACUACAAGCUUAAUCAAUAUUUUAUNCUAUUUGAAUGUGUUUCAAACUUGCAUGAUAAUAACAUUUUUCAUAGAGAUAUUAAACCUUAAAAUAUUAUGUAUAGAAUGUCACUUGAUAAUACAUAACCUUGCUUAAUUGAUUUUAGUUUAGCAGAUUAUUGGAAUUAAAAUGGCAAAUAUCUAUUUACUAGAUGUGGAAGCAUUGGUUAUGUUGCUCCUGAAGUUUUAUAAGAUAAAAGAUAUUUCUUAAAUAUUGAUGUUUAUAGUUUAGGAAUAAUAAUUUAUAUUUUGGUAACUUUAAAGCAUCCUUUUGAAGAUUAAGAUAAAAACAAAAUGAUACAAAAAAACUAUUAUGGUAAAAUAGACUUUACCCAAAUAAAAUGUUCUUAGGUUUUAAUGGACCUAAUAACAAAAUGCUUAAAUGCAGAUUACACAAAAAGAUUAAAUUGUAAAGAAGCUUUGAAACACUAAUUUUUUUAUAAUAAAAUUCCAAAGAUCCUGUCAUUCAAAAUUAAAGAUAAUAGGAAACCAUCUUAAAUCAGAACUCCAAGAAGUGAGAAUAAAUAACAUAGUUCAAGUAGAUUCUCUCAUGAUUCUGGAAAUAGUCUUAACUAAUCAUAAUCACCUUCCUCUAUUGAUAGUGAUAGACAAUUUCCAAGAUAACUUAAAUAAAAUACUGUAUUGCCAGAAAGUAAUAAUUUAUUAAUUAUUUAGUUAAUAUUUUUCGACCAAAAUCUAAAUAUUUUUAAACUAGAAAAUCUUAAUGCGAUUCAUAAACAAACAGAAUUGAGUGA